UGAUGGAUCAAUUCCUUAGCAUUCCUCUAGUGACUUCCAUGAGUGACCAAACCAUAUGGGUAAAAACCUAGUGGAACGCGGGAAAGCCGUGGCACCAGCUCUGCAGGUGGUUAGAGCAAGUACAAUGCCGACUCAUGCGGAGAUAGAAGCACAGGCUGAGCUGCAAGCAGUGCAAAGCUUUUUCACUCUGGUCCGUACCACUCUAUCCCGCAUUGCCCAGCAGCUCGCC